AUGACGCUAAUCUCCUUACUGAUAUCGUUGAGUACAUACUUACCAAGGGAGCUUCUUCUUAGGUUUUUAGGGCAAAGGGAGCAACUGCUUUGUGUAGUGGGUGUGAACAGAGACUACUGGAUCGGGGGGAGUGACGAGAACCACGAGGGUCUUUGGCUGUGGACGGACGGAACUCUCAUGCGGACAGGUGUUCCCUUGUGGUACCAUUGCACCUCCAUCUCUCAACAACCAGAUGGUGGCUCCUCAGAGAACUGUGCCGUCAUGCGCUGGGACUCAUUUUACCAUAUCCAUGAUGUGUCUUGCUACACUUCUCGGUCUGUCAUUUGUGAAAGCAGGACACAUUAA